AUGGUGCUGAGUGCCAUCCUGGCGCGGGGCAGAGACGUGUGCCGGCGGAACGGGCUGCUCAUCCUCUCGGUGCUGUCGGUCAUCGUGGGCUGCCUCCUUGGCUUCUUCCUGAGGACCCGGCGCCUCUCACCCCAGGAAAUUAGUUACCUGCAGUUCCCCGGAGAGCUCUUGAUGAGGAUGUUGAAGAUGCUGAUCCUACCUCUGGUGGUGUCCAGCUUGAUGUCUGGCCUCGCCUCCCUGGAUGCCAAGACCUCCAGCCGCCUGGGCAUCCUGACCGUGGCCUACUACCUGUGGACCACCUUCCUGGCCGUCGUCGUGGGCAUCGUCAUGGUCUCCGUCAUCCACCCCGGAGGCGCGGCGCAGAAAGAGACCACAGAGCAGAGCGGGAAGCCGGUCAUGAGCUCGGCGGACGCCCUGUUGGACCUCAUCCGGAACAUGUUCCCAGCCAACCUGGUGGAAGCCACGUUCAAACAGUACCGCACCAAGACGACCCCGGUUGUCAAGUCCCCCAAGGUGGCCCCGGAGGAGACCCCUGCUCGGCGGAUCCUCGUCUACGGGGUCCAGGAGGAGAACGGCUCUCGCGUGCAGAACUUCGCCCUGGACCUGACGCCGCCGCCCGAGGUGGUUUACAAGUCAGAGCCGGGCACCAGCGACGGCAUGAACGUGCUGGGCAUCGUCAUCUUCUCGGCCACCAUGGGCAUCAUGCUGGGCCGCAUGGGUGACAGCGGAGCCCCCCUGGUCAGCUUCUGCCAGUGCCUCAACGAGUCCGUCAUGAAGAUCGUGGCGGUGGCUGGGUGGUACUUCCCCUUCGGCAUCGUGUUCCUCAUUGCCGGCAAGAUCCUGGAGAUGGACGACCCCAAGGCCGUGGGCAAGAAGCUGGGCUUCUACGCCGUGACCGUGGUGUGUGGGCUCGUGGUGCACGGGCUCUUCAUCCUGCCCCUGCUCUACUUCCUCGUCACCAGGAAGAACCCCAUCGUCUUCAUCCGCGGGGUCCUGCAGGCCUUGCUCAUCGCGCUGGCCACCUCCUCCAGCUCAGCCACACUGCCCAUCACCUUCAAGUGCCUGCUGGAGAACAACCACAUUGACCGGCGCAUCGCCCGCUUCGUGUUGCCCGUGGGCGCCACCAUCAACAUGGACGGCACCGCGCUCUACGAAGCCGUGGCUGCCAUCUUCAUCGCCCAGGUCAACAACUACGAGCUGGACUUCGGACAGAUCAUCACCAUCAGCAUCACAGCCACUGCAGCCAGCAUCGGGGCAGCAGGCAUCCCCCAAGCUGGGCUCGUCACCAUGGUCAUCGUGCUGACCUCCGUGGGACUGCCCACGGACGACAUCAACCUCAUCAUCGCUGUCGACUGGGCUCUGGACCGCUUCCGCACCAUGAUCAAUGUGCUGGGCGACGCACUGGCCGCAGGCAUCAUGGCCCACAUCUGCCGGAAGGAUUUUGCUCGGGACACGGGCGCUGAGAAACUGCCGCCCUGCGAGACCAAGCCGGUGAGCCUCCAGGAGGUGGUGGCCAGGCAGCAGAACGGCUGUGUGAAGAGUGUGGCCGAGGCCUCGGAGCUGACCCUGGGCCCCACCUGCCCCCACCACGUGCCCGUUCAGGUGGAGCAGGACGAGGAGCCGGCCACCACCAGCUUGGACCACUGCACCAUCGAGAUCAGUGAGCUCGAGACCAAUGUCUGAGCCUGCAGCGCUACAGAGGCCUCUGGGGUCAGGGGUCAAGGGCAGGCUGUCCACUCAACAACGUUCCAGAGCAGCCAACAGGGGCCA